ACCAAGCAGUCUCACUCUCUCGUGACAAAAACCCGCAAUGGCGAAGCUUGCGACCCUAGCAGCGAUCCUCGGAGUCCUCCUGGUGAUGUCCCAUGCCGUGGCAGCCAACCGUGCCACCAUAACCACGGUGAACAUCGACGAGCCCGAGAACCAAAGGCGCUGUGGCGGGAGCUGCUACGAGCAGGUCGAGAUGCUUGACCACUGCGAGCAGCUCUUCGAGGACGUGAUCCAGGGAGGCAGCCGGUACGGCUAUGGCGGGUACGGAGGUGGUCGGUAUGGCGGCGGCUAUGACCAGUGCUCUGGCCAGCAGUUGAGGCAGUCGAGGCACUUCGAGCCGUGCUGCAAUGAGCUGAGGCGGAUGGACGAUGAGUGCCGGUGCCAGGGACUAAGGGAGGUGAUCAGAGAGCAGAUGGGCGGGUACGGAGGACGGGGAUCGCAAGACGAGGUGAGGAGGUGCGCGAGGAACCUGCAGAACAUGUGUGGGCUUGGUCAGUCCUGUUACAACGAGGCCAUGUUGAAUGAAGCAGUCAAGGCUUGAGCUAGGACUAAGAUCAGAUGAGAAUCAUGUCAAAUGGCGUUUCAAUAAAAAGGGAGACUGUGUCUUUUGGCUCUUAGAGUUGCGAGACACGGUGUCUUUUAGUAGGAGGAGAGAGACUAGAAACCACCACAUCAUCGUGUGGUUUUCUUUGUCUUAUCUUUU